GACGAGAAACAAGAGUUUGACGCCUCUAUCUGGUCGACAGUUCUAAACCGUUUGGUUCGGAUACGGUCAUAUGUUCUCUGUGACUCCCAGGAUCAGAAAUCGAAUUUUUAGGGCACCCAACAAUCGUGUGGUACAGGAGACACAGAUGCAAAUGCUGAAGACAUCAGUUGAACGGACCUCAGGAACCCAGAGAUACUGACGAACUCCAUUGAACAGUUUUGUUGAUACAAUGGCAUUCUUCGAGAUUAUUGGUAUCAUCACAGUUGUUUAUUACGUUUUCUAUUUAAUUUAUCCAUGGUUUCUCGAUUGCGAUCUUGGACUCUCCCUUCAGGAAACAUUCGGCCAGCCUGUCGACAAAUUGAGGGGCAAAGUUGUGUGGAUCACGGGGGCUUCCAGUGGCAUUGGUGAACAUCUGGCGAAUGUACUUGCCAAAGCUCACUGCAAGUUGAUAUUAUCGGCGAGAAGGGCCAAUGAACUUGCCCGAGUGAAGGAGGAAUGUUUGAAAGUCAAUCCUCACCUUCAAGAAACCGAUGUGGAAGUCCUCGUGAUGGACAUUUGUGAUGUUGCCAAUCACCGGAAACAUUUCGAACACGUCAUCGCGAAGUUCGGAAAGCUGGAUAUUCUGGUGAACAAUGCAGGCAGAUCCCAGCGGGCGAGCUGGGAGAAGAUCGACCUGCAGGUGGACAAGGAGCUCUUCGAUCUUAACGUAUUCUCUCACGUCUCCCUCAGUCGAAUUGUCUACGCCUACUUCGAGGAGAUUGGACAUGGUCACAUGGUCGUUGUCAGCAGUCUCGCGGGAAUAGUAGGAAUUCCGUUCUCUGGCUCGUACACCGGGUCGAAGCACGCGCUACAUGGCUACUUCGAGAGUCUUCGAGCAGAGAAGCAGAAUAAAAAUAUUCCCAUCUCCAUAGUAUGCCCUGGCGCCGUUCAGACGCCAUUUUUAUCCGAGAGCUUCACUGAUACGGUUGGCGAGAAAUUCGGCCAAGUAACUCAACAUGCCAAGAACAAGGUGAGUCCCGAACGUUGUGCUCACCUCAUAGCAGUGGCCAUUGUCAAUAACAUCGACGAGUCUUGGAUUGCACAUUCCACGGCUCUUCAGCUCACUUAUCUCGUCAAGUACUAUCCGAGUCUAGGUCGAAUGAUUCUCCAACUGUUGGGCCCAAUAUUUCUCCAACGCCUGCGUGACAACAAGGUCACGGUCACUGAGAAAUAAACUCUAGAUGCCGUCUUCAACGAGGGACAAGUGCAUACAUUGAUAAUACAUUCUUAAAUUCAGUUGAAAUGAUUUUAUAUGACAUUUUGUACAUAAGGAAUAAACUUAUACUACUCGGUUAA